UAUCGCCUGUCGGUUGUGGAAGCUUUUUCAUUGUAUUUUCGGUGCGCCUACAAUUUCAGAAUCAUUUUAGAUGAUAAUUUUGUGUAAUUUUAGGGCGAGUAAAAUAAAAAUCAUAUGAAAUACUUACGAUCCCUAUUCCUUAAUUAACUUUUUGUCAGUGCCGCUAAAUAUCUUACCAAAAUGGCUAGUGGAUAUCAGAUCGCGAAUCUUCUUGAGAAGAUGACAUCAAUCGACAAAGACUUCAGGUUUAUGGCUACAAACGAUCUCAUGACUGAACUGCAAAAAGACAGCAUCAAGCUCGAUGAUGAUUCGGAAAGAAAAGUUGUGAAAACACUCCUUCGACUUCUGGAAGAUAAAAAUGGCGAAGUUCAAAAUCUAGCUGUUAAAUGUCUUGGUCCAUUAGUAAAUAAAGUCAAAGAGUAUCAAGUUGAGGGGAUUGUGGAGACUUUGUGUGCCAACAUGCUGUCAGAUACAGAACAACUGAGAGAUAUCAGCAGCAUCGGCCUGAAGACUGUAAUCUCUGAGCUACGACUGGGAUCUAGUACCCUUGCUGCUAAUGUGUGCAAGAAGAUCACUGGACGACUUAGCAGUGCUAUUGAAAAGCAAGAAGAUGUAUCUGUCCAGUUGGAGGCAUUAGAUAUUUUGUCAGAUUUGCUCAGCCGAUUUGGUGGUCUCCUGAUAUCAUUUCACCCCAUGCUACUUAAUUCGUUGCUCCCUCAACUUGCAUCUCCGCGUCAGGCGGUGAGGAAGCGCACAAUAGUGGCUCUGUCUCAUCUGGUGAUGUCUUGUAAUGCUGCACUAUACAACAAGCUCAUUGACCACCUGCUAGAAGGAUUAAGUUCAUCUACAUCUUCUAGUGUCAGCCGCACGCACAUACAAUGCAUAGCUUCUAUUUGUCGUCAAGCUGGACAUAGAUUUGGUGAACAACUGUGGAGAGUGGCUCCUCAAGUCCUCAAACACUCAACGGACGCUGAUGAGGAGUUACGUGAACAUUGCCUACAGGCUUUGGAGGCAUUUGUGUUGAAGUGUCCAAAGGAAGUCCAACCACAUAUUCCAACUAUAAUUGAUCUCUGCCUCAAAAUGAUAACUUAUGAUCCGAAUUACAAUUACGAAGAUGAUGAAGAUGGUGUUGGUGAGGAUGAAGAGAUGGAAGAUGAGUCAUUUGAGCCUGAUGCAGAGCCAGAGUCAGACUCCGAGGAGUACUCUGAUGAUGAUGAUAUGUCAUGGAAGGUACGACGCGCGGCGGCAAAGUGCUUGGAAUCCGUAAUAUCGACAAGACAUGAGCUCUUGCCUGAAAUGUAUCAAACUGUGUCUCCUGCGUUGAUUGCGAGAUUCAAAGAACGAGAAGAGAAUGUGAAAUGUGACAUUCUCAGUGCGUACACCGCUUUACUGAGGGCUACAAGACCGCCCCCCGCACUACAAAUACCCAUCGCUCCGACCGACGACUCCCCACAGGCUCUGCUUUUGCAACGGGUCCCGAGCGUGGUGCGUGGCGCGCUGCGCGUGAUCAGGGGGCGGAGUGUGCGUGCGCGAGCCUGCGCCCUGUCCCUGCUGCGAGAGCUGCUGGUGGCGGCGCCCGGUUGCCUCGCCGACCACGCCGCCCGCGUCAUACCCGCGCUCACGCCGCCGCUCACUGACAAAGGCACCGCUUCGUCGAUGAAGAUCGAGACGCUGGUGUUCAUAGUGUGGAUGGUGCGCGGUCACUCGCCCGAGGUGAUGCGCGUGCACGCCGCCGCCCUACUGCCCGCAGUGCUCGCCAGCGUGCACGACCCCUUCUACAAGGUCACCGCUGAGGCGCUCCGAGUUCUACAGACGCUGGUCAAAGUCAUGCGGCCCCUGGACGGCUAUGAGAACCGCGAAGGCGAGGAAAUCCACGUGGAGCCCCCGCCGGCGGAGCUGCGACAGUUCGUGCCUGCCAUGUACGAGUGCACGCUUGUGCGCCUGCGCGCCGCCGACAUGGACCAGGAGGUCAAGGAGCGCGCCAUCGCCGCCUGCGGACAGCUCAUAUGCCACUUCGGUGACUACCUGCAGAAUGAGUUAUCUGUCUGCCUGCCCAUAUUUUUGGAACGAUUACGCAACGAGAUCACUCGUCUGACAACAGUGAAAGCGCUAACUAAAAUAGCUGCGUCGCCUCUUCGCAUUGAUCUGAGACCGAUUUUGUCUGAUGCUGUCCCCAUCCUUGGCACAUUCUUAAGGAAAAACCAACGUGCCCUGAAGCUCUCUACGCUCGUUCUGCUAGACACUCUGGUGCAGAACUACAGCGACGACAUUAGCAUAGAAUUACUCAGUAAGGUGCUGCUGGAAGUGCCAGCGUUAGUGUGCGAGGCGGACCUGCACUGCGCGCAAACCGCCCUGACGCUCGUACAGCACGCCGCGCUGCGCCGCCCCGCCGCGCUCACGGCGGACGCGCGCGCUGCACUCACGCCGAAUAUACUGGCGCUGGCCAAGUCGCCGUUACUGCAGGGCGGCGCGUUAAAGGCGAUGCUGGGCGUGCUAUCGGCGCUGGUGACGGCGGAAGUGGCGGGCUGCUCUCGACGCGAGCUGUUGGCGUUGCUGGUGGCGCCGGUUCAACGCGCAGACACAACUGCUACCGCGCACCACAUUAAGCAGGCGUACCACUCACUGGCGAAGUGCGUGGCGGCGGUGGCGGUGGGCGGGGCGGAGGCGUUGGACAUCACGCGCGGGUUCCUGCGCGAUGCCGCCCACCCCGCGUCCGACACGCACCACAUGUUCGCGUUACUCGCGCUAGCCGAGAUCGGACGACAUCUCGACCUUAGCUCGAUACCAAACUUGAAGGAAGUCCUGCUGAAUUCGUUCACUCCGUCAUCUGAGGAGGUGAAGUCGGCAGCGAGCUACGCGCUCGGCUCCGUGGCGGUGGGCAACCUGCCCGAGUUCCUGCCCUUCAUACUCGGCGAGAUCGAGGCUCAACCCAAACGGCAGUAUCUGCUGUUGCACUCGCUGAGAGAGAUCAUCGCCUGUGAGUCGUGUACACCUGAAGGCGUGGAAGCGUUGAGGCCUUUCAUCCCGGAGAUUUGGGUGCAGUUGUCCAAACACUGUCAGUGCGCUGAGGAGGGCUCGCGUAAUGUGGUUGCUGAGUGCUUAGGGAAAUUGUGUUUAUUGGAACCACAAGAUUUGUUGCCACAUUUGAAGGAAUUCUUGAAAUCUUCGGAACCACUGACCAGGACAACGGCCGUCACAGCAGUCAAGUUUACGAUAUCAGACCAGCCCGCAGCAAUCGACGUGAUGCUCCGCUCGUGUAUGGCGGAGCUGCUAGUCCCGCUCCGCGACCCGGCGCUCGGAGUGCGUCGCGUUGCACUCGUGGCGUUCAACUCGGCCGCACACAACAAACCCUCGCUCAUACGGGAUUUGCUCCCGGAGUUGCUGCCCACUAUAUACGCUGAGACUAAGAUUAAGAAAGAGCUUAUCCGCGAAGUCGAGAUGGGUCCGUUCAAGCAUUCAGUCGACGACGGCCUCGAUCUUCGCAAAGCGGCGUUCGAGUGUAUGUACACGCUGCUGGGGACGUGCCUCGAUCGGAUCGACGUGUUCGAGUUCCUACGACAUGUCGAGGACGGCUUACGUGACCACUACGAUAUCAAAAUGCUGACUUAUCUUAUGUGCGCGCGCCUCGCGCAGUUGUGUCCCGCCGUGGUGUUGCAGAGGUUGGAGAGUCUGGUGGAGCCGCUGCGCGCGACGUGCACGCACAAGGUGAAGGCCAACUCCGUGAAGCAGGAGUACGAGAAACAGGACGAGCUCAAGCGGUCCGCCCUGCGCGCCGCCGCCGCUUUGCUGCACAUACCUGACGCUGAAAAGAAUCCCCAUCUCAUGGACUUCGUGACCCAGAUCAAAUCGUUCCCGGACCUGCAGCCGAUCUUCGAGUCGAUACUGAAGGACUCGUCCGGCGCCGUCGACUCCAACCUGAUGGACCAGAGCUAGCCGCGGUCUGUCAUCGUCUCCACGUCGACACACCCUGGUUAGAUUUCAUACAUACACCCUAUUACAUAAACCUCCUUUACUUAUAAAAAUAUUUACACGUCUAUACCACAUCUCCUUGUCUUGUCUGUCACAUUGGAAGUGAUUUGACUGACAGCGGAGCUUGAAUAGAUGCGUAAAAAAUAAAAAUCUUUAUUGGUACGGAGGAAAAGACGUUAGUAACAACUUGAAAUGACAUGGACAUUUAGAAAUUAUCAAAAUAGUGUUCUCGUAAUAUAAUUUAUAUUCUUUGUUGUUGAAACAGAAAUCGAUUUUACUUAGCGAGGCAACAUCGUAGUGUCAUCGAAAUCAAUCUAAGAAAAAAGGGAUG